AUGGAGCGCUCAGUCCUCAGACUGACAUGUGUCCUUGUGGUUAUAUGUCUCUUGGAUAAAAGGGUGGAUUCCAAUGAAAUCUUAGGUCUGAAGCUCCCCAACAUCGAACCGAUCCUAAAUGCCAACACCGUGUGUCUGACGCUGCCAGGGCUGACACGACGCCAGCUGGAAGUGUGCAUGCGCAAUCCAGAUGUGACGGCUUCAGCAAUCCAGGGAAUCCAGAUUGCCAUCCAUGAGUGUGAGCACCAGUUUAGAGGGCACCGCUGGAACUGCUCCAGUCUGGAGACCAGAAAUAAAAUACCCUACGACAGCAUAGUCUUUAAAAGAGGUUUUCGAGAGAGUGCCUUUGCUUAUGCCAUUGCAGCAGCCGGUGUGGUGCACGCGGUGGCCAACGCUUGCUCCAUGGGUAAACUGAAAUCGUGUGGCUGCGAUGCGAAACGGCGCGGGGACGAGGAGGCAUUUCGCAUCAAGCUUCACCGCUUGCAACUGGAGGCCAUCCACAGGGGGAAGGGGAUGGUUCAUGGUGUGAUGGAGCAUUUCCCUGCCGACAUGCCUGGACUACCCCAGGACUCUUGGGAGUGGGGUGGCUGCAGCCCCGAUGUGGAAUUCGGGGAAAAGUUCUCACGAGAUUUCCUGGAUGCUCGUGAAACCUACAGGGACAUCCAUGCUAGAAUGAGGUUGCAUAAUAAUAAAGUUGGGAGGCAGGUUGUUGUCGACAACAUGAGAAGGAAGUGCAAGUGCCAUGGGACAUCGGGGAGCUGCCAGCUAAAGACCUGCUGGCAGGUCACUCCAGAGUUUCGAGUGGUGGGAUCAAUUCUAAAGGAGCGCUUCCACAUCGCCUCACUCAUCAAGGCUCACAACCGGAACAAUGGACAGCUGGACCACUCCAACCAUAACAACCACAACCACCACAACCAUCACCAACAUCACAAUCACAACCACCACUCGCAUCGACGGCGGCCAAGCAGCAAAGAGCUGGUUUACUUUGAAAAGUCGCCAGAUUUUUGCGAGCAGGACCUCAGUUCAGACUCAUGGGGUACACAAGGUCGGAUCUGCAACAAGACUAGCCCCGACAUGGACAACUGUGAGAGUCUGUGCUGCGGGAGGGGCCACAAUAUUCUGCAGCAAACACGGAGCGAACGUUGCAACUGCAAAUUUCACUGGUGCUGCUAUGUGGUCUGCGAAGAGUGCAGGAUAACAGAGUGGGUCAGUGUCUGCAAAUGAAGAAUAAUAAUAAAAAAAAGAGUUAGGAAAAAGAAAGGAAAGACAUUGCUUUUUAACCCAAAGUGAUUCGCUAAUAAAGGGGAAAUGACUGUAAUACACACGCCCCAAACUUUUUGCGAUGGACUGCAGUUUUGUCUUUGCAGAGCAGUUCAAAAAGAAAGCGUGAAGCAGUUGACCCUGCAAAAAGAAACAUGUGUUGUCGGUAAAGUGUGAGCACAUGCAGGAUAAGACUGCCGCAACUCAGAAAAAUGAGAUGUGUAUUGCAGUUACCUUGAGACUAAAGAUCAUAAAUAUAUAAGAUGGACAUCU